CGGUCUGAGCGACGAAACCGCGCGCCGUUUCAUCGCGACUGCGAGACCAGUGUAACCAUCAAGAUUACCGGCCGCGGCGGUUGCGCCAAGUACUGUGGUACAGCUCCAUCACCCGGCAACAUUUCAUUCUCCAGUUUUCGUCAGUCCUUCACCUCCAAUGUCAACUACCUGAAACGGAGGUUCUCGUCAGGGGACCUGAGCUCGGAGCUCGACGAUGAGCCCAACGCGGAUCCUGGGCUGGCCACCGUGGGCCGGCAGGACUCGUCCCAGCCGUAUCAAGCGGUGCCGGAGCGACCCCUGCAGUCCCAACCGGGCCCGAUACCACCGCCGUCCCAGCCGCCGAUCCCAGGUGCGCCUCCUCCAGGACCGCCGCAGCCCAUCGGCGGCGACCUCAGCCUCAACCUGAGGCCCGGCUCGAGAACCACCAGCGCGCCGUCCUCGCCGGCGAAAACCCGGGAGAGUUUGCUCCAGCGAGUGCAGAGCUUGACCGGCGCCGCCCGCGACCAGGGUGCUUCUAUUCUGGGAGCGGCGGUGUCUGGUGCGACCAGAGGCCCGUCGUACAGCAAAGACCGAUGCUUCACUCUGCUAGUGAUCGACGACCAGAACACCGACUGGAGCAAAUACUUCCGCGGGCGUAGACUGCACGGCGAUUAUGAGAUCCGCGUCGAGCAGGCGGAAUUUCGAGAACUAUCCCUUACGGCGAGCGAGGCGGGCACCGUUGUAUCCAUGGCUGUCUAUCGUAACGGGACCAAAGUCAUCCGAUCCUUCAAACCUGAUUUCGUACUGAUACGUCAGAACCUGCGGGAUGCCGGAGAAGACUACAAGAAUCUUCUUCUGGGACUGAUGUACGGCGGUGUGCCCAGCGUUAACAAUCUUACCGCAAUUUACAACUUCCAGGACAAACCUUGGGUAUUUGCGCACCUGCUGGGGCUGCAACGUCGCUUGGGUAAAGACAACUUCCCCCUCAUCGAGCAGAGUUAUUACCCCAAUCAUCGCGAAAUGGUAAGCGCAUCUCGGUAUCCUGUUGUGGUGAAACUGGGCCACGCCCACGGCGGAACCGGCAAAGCCCGUGCGGAAACAAAUCAAGAAUUUCUAGAUCUCGCCUCGCUGGCAGCUAUGGCUAACACCUAUUGCACAGCAGAGCCGUAUAUCGACACCAAGUACGACGUGCACGUGCAGAAAAUUGGCAACAACUAUAAAGCUUUCAUGCGAAAAAGCAUAAGCGGCAACUGGAAAUCGAACACCGGCUCAGCUAUGUUAGAGCAGCUUUCCGUGAGCGAGAGACACCGCACAUGGGUAGACCACGUGGCGCAAUUAUUCGGAGGACUGGAUAUCUGUGCGAUCGAAUUGCUGGUGGGCAAGGAUGGCCGAGAGCAUAUAAUCGAGGUCAACGACAGCGCGCUCUCCUUGAUGGGAGACUCGCAGGAAGAGGAUCGACGUCACAUCGCAGACCUGGUCACCGCGAAGAUGCAGGUUUACUGUCGACCUGCGAGCGUGUUGACGAAGACCGCUUCGCGGGGCUCGAUGUCAGGCUCCAGCCAGGCGACCAGUCCGGUGGAAGAUCGAACUGCGCCUCCAACAGUACCCCCCCUCGGAUCGCACGGAAGUAUAGGCUCCAUGGCGAGUAUAGGAAGUCUGGGUUCCGUGGGUUCUGCCGCCACCGCGAUACCAGGAGACGUCACCACUUCGGACAGUCAUCAUCAGUUACAGCGUCGCGACUCCCAAGCUUCACAAUCGAGCACGGUGAGCUCGGUGAGCGCGCCUUCCGUCGGUCGGCGCUCUGAGGAACCGCCGACGUCCAGAGUGCCGUUCCACCGACAAGGCAGUCAGUCGCAAACUCAAGGCGAAGAUUCCGAAGACACGAUGAAGAACCUGCGAAAGACGUUCGCCGGUAUCUUUGGCGACAUGUAGACCACGGGACAAGGCCGACUGGGCGAGGGCGAGCACGGCGGACGCUCUCGCAGCGAAGUGACCAACGAAAACAAGUCGGCAAGAAUAACACGAACUCACGAAAUUCUUCGAAGAUCGCUAAGCAUGUUCCACGACUGAAAAGCUCGAGCUAACUCUCACUCGAUGCGCCGAUCGCGCGUCGGUAGGUUGACGCGGAGCAUGUAGAUAUCUAUAUAUUUGCAGAUUAAAAAAACUCGCGAGACUGCACGCUGCGCGAUAUGUCAAAUUAUUUACAGUUCAUAUAUAUAUACAAUAAUUAGAACCUUAUUGGUUAAUUCAUUCGUUAAAUCAAUUCACUUUUGAACAAUUGUUCAAAGCUAAUCUGAGAGCUUCUCAGAUUAUAAUCCGGAAGCGAAUGAACCCUAUAAAUUUGACCGAGACUCGUGGAUUGUCCGUAAGCCGGAAAGCUCUCGUUCGCUGUUCGAUAUUAGACGUCGAUCGGGCUAGGAACGGGGAACAAUUACGCCGUGCAUCUUGCGGGGAGGAAUUCGAAAACGAAGAAUCUCGUGUUUAACGAGCUAACGCGCGAUAGCGAAGUGUAGCGAGAUAGGUCGUCUAUAUAUUGGGGGAAUCCUGAUCGUGUGUAUGUGUGUGUGUAUACAUUGGAGAGUAAGGUAGGUUCUAUAUAAUCCGUAUAUAUUGGCGAAUAAAACAACAGUUGUUAGGCAGGCUCAGUCGGAAAAGGCGAAGUUACUUAAUAUCAGCUUGAUGUCCGUUGAAGAAUCGCUAAGCGCGAUGAUAUAUCCACUGAAUUACUUGCGUACAGAAGCAGUGAAAUACCGUCAGCGCGCAUCUUCACCGUAAAAGCGUACAGUCGCAUCCGUAGGCCCCUGGCAUCUCCUCAACCGGUUUUACUUGGAGUACCCACUUUUAGGCUUAACGUUUUGGAUCGUCGUGUGUCAUAUCGUCAUUUAAGGGAAAAUGCAUUGCGAGAUGGAAAUUAAGGCAGGCAAAUGGGCGUCUUUUGGCGAUCUCGCAAUGUUUGUAAAAAUACUCAUACGCCUACGUCAUUCGAGCUGAUCGAAGACGACGAAAAAAAGAGGAGAUUCGGGCAUUAUUCUUGAACAUUUGGCUAACCGACACUGCAAGCGGUCGUUUGGUUUUCAUCGAGGACUACAGGUCGGAAGUACGAGUGUGUAGUUGUCUCUACUUUUAAGCGCACAAGUAGUAUUUAAGGUAAUAACACGGGGAUGGGCGAGGUUUCAAAUCGCGUCGCGAUUAGGACAUUCGCGCCUGCGAACUGUCGGUGCAUCGUCGAUGAGGAGACCGCGCGAUUAAUCAUCCCGAAUCCGAUUAAUUAAUUCGCGAUAAUACAAAUCUCUCUCUCUUUCUUUCUUUCUUUCUCUCUCUCGCGAGGACAUUUCGCGCGUGGGUGUCCACGUGUGUCGAUAGGAAAUACGUCGCGCAUCCCACGUGAAUGGAUAGAAAAUUGGGCGAAAACUCGAGUAGUAUCGUAGGAAAUUAAGGAGCCACGCGAAUUCGCGCUAGCGACGGGUCUUGGCGCGAGGAACAGAAGGAACAUUGAUCGAUUGAGGACAAUUCGCGAACGAGAAUGCGCGUCGAUACUCCGCCGUGCGAACGUGCAACGCGGAACACAGAAUGAUCCCGAUCCAUAGAUCUGCAAAUAUAUACAUAUACGCAUAUGUGCGAAUUGAAUGAAUGUACCACCGGCGAAAUGUACCAGCUGAGUGUAGCGCGAGAGCUACGUGAAGCGCAGCAUGGAGGCAGACAAUUUUCACGGAACGCGAUUCGGGCUUAAUUUAAUGAUAAUGAUAAGACUAACGCGAAAAUGCGUCAGAACAUCAUCGUCCGUGGUCUCAGCUCUGAAAGAAGGAAACCAUACGGAAAGAAUUGACGUUGCAACGCCUCCCGAUAAGUCUUAUUUGAAUUCUACGAACAGGAUCCACACUCCGCUGACGCGAGCAAUCGCUAAAUGUGAUAGGAGAUGUGUUUAAUAUAAUUCAGGAAAACACAUCAAUUGAUACGUCAUUGUCAGUUCAGCGAAGUACUAAAGCGGCGAAUGUAAACCUAAGCAACCGACAAAGAGGAGAAUAAAGUGCAAAUUCGUUUGAAAGUAUAAUCUCUUGUUUAGAAUUCUCGAUGUGAAUGACAAGUUUUGCAUUAUGCGGCUUCGUCGUGUCUCUCUUUUACAGUCCUCGAACUGUAUAAGUAAAUAAGUAAUUGACAGUUUGAUUUUCACGUGCCUUGACGCUGAAGUGUCCUUCGCAUUCACGUCGAUCGCGGUAUCAUAGGACGAGGUCGGGAAGAAAGGAACACAGCGAAGAGAAAUAAUUUUUCGCGAAGUUUCUCUAUUCACGAUAUCGCUGAUGAAUUUCUGCGACGAUUGGGACGAGGUGAGCGUGUAUACACUUCGACCAGGCGUCGUGGACAUACCGCGUGUGCGACCUAUUAUUUGUACUUUUUUAUAAACCUUGAUAUCUCUCUCAUUGCAUCUGUAUAUUCGCCGACACGUUGUUUCUUCAUUGAAAUCUCUCAUCGCGGCACGGAGAUACGUGCGCACCGUCCAAAAGCUUACAUCUAUUAUUGUAACAUCCACGUGACCGAAGAGAAUACUUUGCACGAAUAGAUGCUUGUGUGUGUGUGUAUGUGUGUAUAUAUAUAUAUAUAUAUAUAUAUAUAUAUAUAUAAACAUAUAUAUAUAUACACAUUAUAAUUUCCGCGGCGAUCACCGCGAUCCUGAAGAUUCUCGAUUUUUGCAAUACACUGACAGUAGACUGUCUUCCAUGCGUUGCGAACGGGAGAUAUUCCCAGCGCCAGCAUUCGCGUGAGUGAAACGAACGUCUUUAGGUUAAUAACAUGGGGAUGAGCGAGGUUUUUAAUCGCGUCGCGAUUAGGACAUUUGCGCCUGCUAACUGUCGGCGCAUUGUCGAUGAGGAGAUCGCGUGAUUAAUCGUCCCGAAUCCGAUUACUUGAUUCGCGGUAAGACAAAUUUCUCUCUCUUUUUUUCUUUAUCUCUCUCGCGAGGACGUCUCAUGCGUGGAUGUUCACGUGUGUUGAUAAGAAAUACGUCGCGCAUCCCACGUGAAUGGGUGGAAAAUUGGGUGAAAACUCGAGUAGCAUCGUAGGAAGUUAAGGAGCCUAGCUCCUUAUUCGCGUUAGCGAAAUCUUGGCGCGAGGAACGGGAGGAGCAUCGAUCCAUUAAAGACAAUUCGGGAACGAGAACGCGCGUUUGAUACUCCGCCGUGACAACGUGGAACACAGAAUGAUUCCGAUCCAUAGAUCUGCAAACAUAUACACAUAUGUGCGAAUUGACUGAAUGUAUCAUCGGCAAACGUACCUCACACCUCACACUUUUUCUCACUCCUAAGAGGAAUUGGUAUUUUCAGUUCGAGUGUGUUCGAGUUAGUGAGUGUGUUUCACGGUAAUUACGAUCGAAACGCGAACACAAAGACCGUGUUCGACGGUUGGCGCACAGGAAAACAAAUCUCCGAUUCCGUUUUCAGAGCUGACGCUACGGUACGCAGGAGAGCAAUCAAACAAACAUAAUCACGUUACUGCGCGGAGGUCAAUCGAUCAGCACUAGAUGCAUAGACGCGGUUACAGGUGAAGAAUAUCUCAGGGGUGCGAGUCUAAAGCACUAGAUAACAUAGAAAAUCUAGAAAGCGACAGUUGGGCCACGUGUCGCAGCCUAGUCAACUCAUCGACUUGAAUCGAUAGAACGGAUAGAGUUAGGAUUCGCUUGCCCGAGGAGAUCCUGGUGAUUGUGAUCCUCGGACUGAUCCGUAGGAAAGCGAGCGUUGCGUGCACGCGCGCGUUUGCUCGGUCGCUUCCACGACUUAAUUUUCAUGCACAUAAUCGAUCAAUCUAAUUUGACCUUCUCUCUUCCAUCACCUUCAUCCUUUCGUUAUUCUUGGAAAUAAUUGCGAGUAUAAAUGUUUAAACAUUUUUCUUACGACUUGCUAACUGUUACAUCAGGCAUUAAUUAUUAUCGAGUCUAUAAGAGAAGGACCACGCUUCUCUAUAUUUUAAUUCGCAGUAAUUUACUGCGCGACCGAUUUUCUUGUUGCUUUAUUACUCGCACAACAUAACUUAGAUAUCACUUAACGUCUCGCUUUAAUGUCGCGAAAUGAAGUCGUCAGGUUUCAUUCGCAACUGUCGUGAAGCGAUCAAGCGAUUGCGCGCGGACAUGAACUGAACAGAAACAGCGUCGGGCAUUUUGUUGCUUGGAUCAUAACUUAUCGAAGCGUGAUCCAGUGACAUAUUUAGUUACGGUGGCCGUGUGAUGUCGUGAGCAGUAACCAGUAUUUUUCAUUUUGUUUCAAAGGUACCGAUUGCACCAUUGCUCGAGUAAUAAUGCACCAGCAAUAUCCGUAGAUUAGCACGGUAACCAUAUCGCGUCUUCAAUUUCCUAGAAUACUUCGUGUUGCUGUGUACACAUGACUGUAUACAUGACUGUACAUUAAAGUAAUUCAUUACCGUUUUUCCUUGCCGUACGCGUGUCAAGUCGGUCUCAGCGAUAUCGCAUCAUGUAUAAUAUGCGCGCACGGCACUCCACACUGAGAAAAAUUUACUAAAUUAAAAAAAAUGUUUGUUUGGAUACGACUGUGAACAUAUUUGUUUAAAUUAAAUAAUUAUUUUCUAAAAUUAAAAAAAGAAAUUUAAAACUUCUUUAUUUAAUUUUAGAAAAUAAUGCUUAAUUUAAACAAAUAUGUUUACAGUCGUACCUAAACAAACGUUUUCUGAAAUUUAGUAAAUUUUUUGCUCAGUGCACGUUAAUUAGCAUUAACGAUCGUGUUAAUAAUAAUUCACCGUGAUGUUAGUUUUAUUGAUUCCCAGGCCGUUCCCUAUAUCGGUCCUUAGUGUUCGUUCUUCUCAUUGUUAUCGCAAAAAAACACGGGUAUCUCGGAAGUAUCGCUAUCGCAUCGUAAGCUCUUAGACAGGAUGAAGUAAUUUCUCUUCGCUCAACCCGCGAAGAAAGAAAAAGAAGAAAAAAGGAGAAUUUUUACAGAGAAUUCUGUUUGAGAUGACGUUCGAAGGUCGUCCGAAGACUUAUCGAUGCGCAAUUCCUAGCUGUAAAUUAAUGAUCUCCAUGAUAUCGAUCGUAGCACAUGUACCGAGAUGCAGUUUACGAACGACUGGCAGCGUUGAGUCGCGUUCCCUCCCGACAUAAUGCUGACGCGAGGGAACGCGAGCUUACCGACAAACCGUAAGUCUCUCCGCGACCUCGGAGAGGUCCUCCGAGUAUCGCGAGAGGAUCGUGCAAUAAGUUAUGAUUCGCGCGUGUUUUAUGCCUCUAGAUUAUAUAUAGCGCUCUUAUAUAUAUGUAUACAUUAUAUAUAUAUAUAUAUAUAUAUAUAUAUAUAUAUAUAUAUAUAUAUAUAGUUUACGUACACACACACAUAUAUAUAUAUAUAUAUACACAUAUACCCUUCACUGUGCUUUUUGAGCAUACGUCACUGUACAUCGAGGUGAAAUCUCUUACGUACAUAUCAUCUUGGCGGUACGACCGCUGAGCUACAGUGCCUCUUUUCCUUUCCUUUCGUUUGCUUCGUUUCGCAGCAGUGGCGAGAGGAGCGUUCAAGGGAUCCUCUAGUAUUUUGUCCCUUCUUCCUUCUACUGAAUAUGAAAUGUAUAGAAUAGAUAAAUAUAUAUAUACACACAUGUCAUUAUAUACAUGUCAUUGUAGAUUGCGACAUGCACAGUGUCUUAAGACUAGAGAACAUUGCCGCGGAUUAUAGAUGACAGGCAAAUCGUCUAAUUGCUAUUCAUGUGAUAUUGAUUAAUCACAGAGAAUUAGUCGUGAGAUCGCUUAGCUAACGCUCCUGAGAACGGUUCACGAUAGCUAAGGGCAUGCUAUCGGCUCGCAUAAGCCUCCGCGUCGCUGCUGCGGAAUUAACGAUAAACGAUCGUACUGUUUGGACUGUGCUGAAAACGCAGCAAAGCUUGAGAAAGAGGACGAGCAGACGUCGCUUGCGUUGCUGUUUUGCAUUCUGUUCGAAGCUGUGUUUCCUUUCACAAACGCGCCCGGUCAAACGUUAACAGCGUUUCUCGAUUGAACGAAACACCAAACACCUUUUUAACUUAAGCGUGAUCUACAACGAAAGUGCGCGAGAAGAGAAGAUAAAAGGGGAGGAGAGCGCUUCUCCGGCGGUUUGCUUUAGUUUCGCGUUCGACAGCUGUGGCAGGCCAAUAGGAUAGAGUACGCAUCAUCGAUUUAGCCCCGAUUACACGACGCGGCUCGCCUCUCGAUAAUACUCAGUAUGUGUCUCUGUGUAACGAACUUAAUGUUAAAACUCGAACGGUAACUCGAGUCAUGUAAGUAAAAGUAAGGAUCAAAAGUAAGGAUAAUAGUAGUAGGCGUGUGGGCGCGACGAGUACUUAUACGUCGCGACUCAGUACCGUGCGUUACCUCCUUGAUUUCAAUGCGUGCUAGCCACAUGUAUGAUCCCAUGAUACACCAUGAUAUCCCCACAACACACGCACACAUACGGGCACACAUACACGCUUACCCACACACGGGUGAGCACAUACAAUGCGCUGCACACUCUCAUUACAUGCACUACGAUUAAACAAAUACAAACGAUUAAACCGUGUAUCAUAACGUUAAAUAAGGAAUAUUACUGUACGGUAUAGUGUUGAUGUUAUUUAAGCCGUCGUCAUUAACGUCAGCCUAUAGUGCCGAGAAAUGGAGAACAGUGAGGAUAAUUAGCGCGUUAAGAUUUCAAGAGGACACAGGUCUAAAUCUCAUUCAUAUAGAUUCGUUAGGAAUUCUAAGAGUUAAGGCAAACGGCAGGAGUACGUCGGGUUACGCGAGAGUGACUCGACUAUAUAAUCGGCUAUAUAAGUAUCUUUUAUAUAAGGAUCUCGAAUAUGUAAAAGUGACAGUUGUAUGUUUUCCUUAUAGUGUAUGCAAGUAUCGGAUAUACAAGUAUUGAUUAUACGUGUCGAGAUUACACACAGAUAUCGGAUAUAUAUAUAUAUAUAUAUAUAUAUAUAUAUAUAUAUAUAUAUAUAUAUAUAUAUAUAAGUAUCGGUUAUACGUGUCGAUUAUAUGCAAGUAUCGAUUAUAUACAGCACGUAUGUAACUGGAACGGAUUAGUAGAUUAGAGGACGAACGUCGGGGCGGGUGGGCGGCCGUGAUUGUCGCGUUUCCUCGAGCGGAAUGAUCCGUCUCUUACCGAACACGAGCGCGUUCGUUGAUCGUGUUCUCAUAGAAGGAGAGAAAGAGAGGAGUGGAGAGAAAGAGAGAAAAUCGAGACGCGACGCUUUGAUGCCCACGAGCGGACCACCCACGCGGGAGAAAGGGUUGAAUCGAGGUCUCGCGAUCGACUCGUCGACCGCCACGUGCUCGGAAACCACCGCGACUCCCGUCUCGGCUGACAUUCACGCGGCGGUCGACGUUUCGGCGAGCCUCGUAUCGAGGUUGAAUACCAGCGCUGAUGACUCCUGACAAUACACCGUGUGUUGGAGAUUGCGUGCGAUUCAACCGUCGCGAAAGAAGAAAAGCAGAAAAAGAAUUACGCCAGAGUCGUAAUGGACGAUGACGACACAGGGAGACGAUUCGUUGUGGUUCUCGUGUGGUGGGAUGGAAAAUAAAAGGAUUGCAAGGUGGAUCAGUUCAGAGAUGGCCCGGAUAUAAAUGACGGCCUCUUUGAAAACUCUGCUCUGAUUGCGAAAAUUCGAUACACUCGACGAUUUCCAUCAUUACGCUACGCUUCGCUGCAUCUUGCAUACUUCCCACCACGACAUCGUCGCGGAUCAGGCGUAAUAAUGCCGAAGAUCGAUCGCGUGGUCAAGCUGAAAUUGAGAAGUGAACAUCUUUACACAGUAUUACAGAUCAUAGUCGGAAGAUCGUAGGAAACUUGUCGUUAUCCACAAAGAUAUACGCAAAGAUGUACGAAAAAAAUUUAUGUACAAUGAGAAGAUAUUAUUUAUGAGUAUUACUUAUAUAUACGAUCCCUAUGAGACGUGAAACGAAAAAUAAAAGAGAUUUUGAGGAUGACUACGCGAUCGGUCUUCUUCAAGAGCGAGAUCGACUGAAUGCGAAUCAAUAAAGAAUCCCGUCGGAGAACACGCGAGAAUAACACGAUGACGCCCGCCCCCGCACAUCUCUUUUUAACGAUAAACUCUUAACGGUACUUAAGGUCGUAAGCGUACUUAUAGUGGUCAUUGAGAGGACAACGAAUCAACAGAAUGAGUCACAAGUGGUGGAAAGCGAACGAAAAAAAAAGAAAGCGAGCAGAGACGAUAAUGGCUGCGUUGCGACACUCAUUGCCAAUAUGGAAAUCUAUGGUUCAUGUCACAUAGACUACAGAUUCUCGAUACUGACAGUGGGAUAUCGGAACACUCAGCCUAUGUAGAGUAGUGCGUUGCACGCGCGUAAACAUUAGCGCGCGCCCAGUUAUCACUUAGUGCGAGUAAAGAGAGGAUUAAGUCACACACAUAAAAUGCGAGUUCUAUCUGUCAUCGUUAAUUACUAAGGACUAUCAGAGGUCGGAGAGGAGACGUAUAUUGGUUACACGUACUGGAUAUAUAAGUAUUGGUUAUACGUGUCGAUUAUAUACGGAUAUAUAAAGGUACCCGUCACAUGUAACGAUUAUACAAACAUCGGAUAUAUAAAAGUACUGGUUAUAUGUAUCGAAAAGUAUGCAAGCUAUAUAAGCAUCGGAUAUAUAAGUAUCGGUUACAUGUAUUGGUUAUAUAAUAUGAAACUAUAAAUUCAUAGCCUUUAGCGGGUUACGCGGGGAAGUGUAGUACAAUAUUAACGAGAACGUGUAUAAAAAUAUAUGAGAAGAGAUUAAAAAAUAAUAUAUAUAUAAAAUAUAUAUAAAAUAUAUAAAGAAAAAAUUAUAUAUAAAUACGUAUAUGAAACGAAAAUACGCAAAUAUGUUAGUAUUCCUAUUAUAUACUGCGUUAAUCGUGUUGGGUGCACGUCGGGAUGCUCGUUGUGAUCGAGCCGAGUCGAAUAACAGACGACGGCCUAGGAAGUUUCGCUUCUAAACAUCUCAUAAGUGCGGUAGCUCGCGGAGGAACAGUAACGAGGAUGUAAUUUUCGUGGGUCUCGUUUGCGACGUCCCGACAAAGAUACGAUCGAUUUUCAAGAGCCGCUUCCGUCUUCGGCGAGCAGAACAGCGAGAAGCGCGAUCGGCAGCGAGCAUCGCGACGUACGCUCAUAGAUUGUCAUUAUCGCAGCAUCAUCAUGGUUGCAGGAUAUGGAUGUAGAUGGUAGAUCACUUACGAGGCGAGAUAAUAAGGUCGAAGCAUGCUGUUUUCUGCCUGAACUAAACGUGUGUAAACGGCACGUAUGAACGACAGCCGAGACAUCCGACAAAUAACGAAUCGCUCGUGGAGCAGUCGGAUAAGAUUGUGAGACUUUACUUUCGAAUUUUGAGGCAUUGGAUUACUUUAUGAGGCUCUUUUGUAGCUGUCGUGUUUGCGGUUUUUUCGUGAGAAUUUUGUCCCAAUUUUCAUUCUGUCUCUUUCAAGAUUAUUAAAGAAAAUUUUUUUCAAAAUCGGCAUUGUCGAAUGUAAGUGUCGAUUAGGAUACUUCUCGAUUCUAUAUCACGGACAGGCACCGUGAGACGAUGAGUUUUCUUAAUUUUUAAUUGUCACGCGUAACGUCUUUUCGAAAACAACGAGUUAACGAUAUAAGUAUGAACGCGCGAAGGCCGUCGCGCAAUUUGUUUUGUUCUUCGCUUUGUAUCUUUUCGUUUUCUAUUCGGUCAUGGUCAAUCGAUAAGCGAUAACGUUUUUCUGAGUCACUUAAUUAACGUUUAACUGCAUUUCGACGUGGCUCGUGAUCUAACUGAAACCACACCAAAAUCAAUAGAGCGGUAUUCAAUUCGGACGCGCCCGUCGCGUACGAGUUUACUAGCAAGUGGAAAAAAGAAAGGAAGGACAAAAAACAAAUGUAUCAACCAUUACUCUCAGCCCUCUCAUUACUGUUGCCAUAAUAGAUUAUAAAACAUUUCCAAUGUUUCCUAGUCAUUAUGGUUGUUACGAUAAAUCUCCUACACAUAAAUGUGUUAAAACCAUAGAGAUCGCGACUAUGAAUGUCCAUUGUGUUAUGUAUACACAUAAAUAUAUAUAUACAUAUAUUAUAUAUAAUAUACGUUACGUUGCCACACACAUUGGAGUUACCACUGCGACUGUAUUACCGCAUUAAUGUGAAAUAUAAGCAAUUGACGCAAGUGUCGAGGUGUAUUAUCCUGCGAUGUGUUAAUAAAUAUCGAUGUGUAAUCGUCACGGCACUGUGUACGCGCAAUGACUCGUUUUUCUUUCUUCUUUUCAUUUGACGAUUAAACGACCGUAAUACGUGUAGUAUGUGCGAGUCGUAUCGAUAGAGGAGGAAUAAGAAAAAAUACCAAAAUGCUAUUAACCUUCAACAAUAAUAAUAAUAAGAAGAAGAAGAAGAAAAAUAAGAAGAAUAAUCACGCCAUUACAACAUAAUGGUAAUGUGAAGACGUAAGCGACGAAUGGUAGAUAAGAGGAGGCGCCGUGUACUUUGAAGGCGCCCCGAUGUAGAACCUGUUAUUAAAAUACAUAAUAAUACAUUAUUAUGUUUAAUGCGAUACGUAAACUGAACUAUAAUAAUAAAAAAAAACACGUAUAAGCAUAAAAUCACAA